GUUCUGAUGACGUUGCAGAUUACGUGUUGAUGAUCACAAUGGCGGAGGUUCAAAACUUAGUUUGGUUCCUCCGUCGUCAGUACAAGGAUGCCGAGGAAACCAUCGCGUUAACGGGACGCCAAGAGGUCUCUCUGGGAAGGGGCCUGGAUGUGACACACCGGACCAUACCCAAAGACACACCCUUCGAUAUGUUUAGUCGAAAGCAUGCUAUUUUCAGGCCCGCCACGGACGGGACCUGGACGGUGCAAGACAACAAUACAAUCAAUGGCAUAUAUAUCAAUGGUCAUAGACUGAAGCCAGGCAUUCCAUUUACUUUGAAGGAAGGUGAUAACAUACAGUUGGGACUUCCUCCUACCAGAGACUCUGAACCCGAGUUUCUGUACAGAAUAGUCAGGGAUUAUACCAGUAAUAUCUCAGGAAACAGAACAGACACUGAUCACAGAAGCAAAAGGAAAGAAACAGCAGAAAAUGCUGAUCCCCAGAGCAGUAGACCGGGGCCCCUCUCACCACAGAGCUGAGAGCUCUGGCCACAACGGAGAAGACUCGAGCAGCUCGAAGAAGACUUGGCACAUAAACAGAGAAUAGCAGAGCGUGAGAAAGAGGCCGAGCAGAGGGUGAAAGAUGCAGAAGCCCGGAUUCAGAAAAUGCAGUCACUGAUCGAGGAGAAGGAGUUGGCUCAGGCGGCACUGCAGGACAAACUGAAGAGGAAAGAGCAGGAGAUGCAGCAGGAGAUGAGCCAACAGGUACUUGGGGUUGGAAUGUGUUCUGCUGUGAGAUCCCCAAGUAAACAGAAAAACAGCAUCACUGAGACAGGAAUAGUUCCAGUUUAUUCCAGGUCACUGUCCCAGAAUGUGGGUCCCUUCAUGAGCCGUGGGGCUGCCGGCCUGAUUGUGAGAGAUUCCUUGGGUUGUUUUUACCCGAGUGAGGGUGGUGGGUAUAAUGUACAGUUAUUGUUCUCGAGGAGGCAUCGUCUAACACACAUGCACUUGCAUGUAGUUCCCAACACCAGCCCGCCGCGAACAGCCGUGGUGCGGCUGGAGGAGGAGAAGCAGCAGAUGCAGGCAGAGCUGCAAGAGAUGAUGACUCGGGAGAUGCAGCAGAAAGAGCAGGAGCUGCUGGAGCGUCUGGAGCAGCAGAGCCUGGCGCUGCAGGCGGAGAAACAGCAGGUGGAGGAGCGUCUGCAGCAGCAGCUGGCCCAGCAGCUGGAGGAGAAGGAUAAGGACCUGGAGGAGCAGCUGCUGAAACACAAGGCUGCGCUGGACCAGAUCAUCUCACAGAAGGAGCGCGAACACUCCGACCUGCAGGCCAAGCUGCUGCAGAGCAAGCUGGAGAAGGAACAACAGGAGCAGUCUGCACAGAAGGUUCGUGAAGAGAUGGUGGAAAACGUCACCAAUGUGAUGGAGUCAGAGCUGCAGUGUAACAUCUGCACUGAGCUGUUUGUACAGGCCACCACCCUCCACUGCUCACACACCUUCUGCUAUGCCUGCAUCCUGGAGUGGACCAAGACCAGGAAGAUGGAGUGUCCGACCUGCAGGACCAAGGUGACCAGCCAGACCCGCUCCCUGGUGCUGGACAGCUACAUCGACAAGAUGGUGGAGUCCUACAGCAAGGAGCUCAGACAACACAGGAUGGCACUGCUACAGGAGAGGAAAGAGAAAGUGGCGACGUUGGAGCAGCAGCGAGCACAGCAGGGGAAGGACUCCCCCAUCAGUGUGGGCAGCGCCAGUUCUGACGAUGAGCCUCUGUCCGUCAGCUCGGGCUCGGGCUCCGGCCGGCUCCCAGUGGACCCAGAGCUCCUCCUCCUCACACAACUCCUCCCCUCCGCACUCCAGGGGCGGAAACAGUGCCUCCAUGACAAUGACUUUGUCCCGGGAGACCCCAUGGCUUACUACGGAGGCUAUGGGCGCUGCCACAUCUGUGGCCAUCGGGGCCACUGGGCACGGGGCUGUCCAUUCAGGUACCGCUGAGGGGCCGGCGGGGUGUAUGAAGUAAACAGGCUGCCGGCAUGGCGUAGUCUGGGGAGUUAAACACUGGGACAGAGAGGAGUGGAUGGGGCUUGGCGGGCCUGGAUGGUACUGGUGCUACACGUCCAGCCGGCCGCCUUGUACGGCCAACUCUGCACCAUUCCAGCUUCUUUCUUAUCAUCAUGAAGACAUGCAAGGGCACACACAUGCUGUACUUUCCACCAUCCAGUAGUUUGGGUUCAAAAAGCUGUAAAUCAAAGACUUUCUCAUGUGUUGUCAGCUUGAAUGGCAAGAACUUGCAAUGAUACAGGAUUAUGUACUAAUACGGGAUAUGUAAUGUUGCUACAUAUCACAGAUGUAUAUGCAGGCUCGUAUAUGAAGUGUAUAAAUGUUUGGUUAUGAACUACAUAGUGUGGUUUAAACCACCUUUACCUUGAUGCUGGUGUUGGCAAUAAGGAUUGGAAGGCUUGGAAUUCAGUAUUAUGCUCUGGUGGUGUUAACUGUGCCCUUGCAAGUCCUUCAUUAAUGUAUGUUUGCAAGUGUUAGAAGUUAUGUGGCAGACUUGGGCCAAAGAAGAGUAUUUCAUUGGGAUAGCGGGUACGUAAUGUAUGAUAGGCUACCCCAAUUUCAUCAGUUGGCUCUCAGACUUCAAACUGGAAGGAAACAUGAUGGAAACAGUUUUUGUGUACCUUUGGCUUGUUUUUGCUUGUGUUCAUGGUGGUCUCAUAGGUAAAAUCCUGUUAAACAUUUUGACCACCUUAAAGUAUUUUAGAAUUAACAAGCUCAAACUCUAGUUUACUUGGAGAUUUCUAUAUGAUUACCUCUGUUGUACCAAAACUGAAUUCAACCUGAUGUUACAGUACAUUGAUGGGAAGAUUUAUGAAAAUAGGACAGAUUACAGGGCAAUUUGCCAUGUAACCAGGAUUUUACAUGUUGACACAUAACUUGAUGAGUCUGAGAGCCAAAUAGAGAAAUUGGUGUCUGACCCUCAGACAUAGGAAGGGGCUAGGUGUGGUAAGAAGAUUAUGGUAGGGUUGCUGACAUACAUACAGACAGGUCAUGUCUGAUACUGUGUUGUGCAGUUUGUCUCUAGCCUGGCAACCGUCCAUUUUAGCUUCAAUACCAGGGCUCUCUCUGUAUCUACAUUUGUCUGUGUCCUUUGUCCAUGAUCAGUUUCAUAGAGCAAAUAUUCCCUGCAGAGUCCUGAGGGUGUGAAGGAUCUAGGGGGUACCAUGGGAAAAUUUUGGACUUCUGGAAAUGUAUGAUUUCCUGCAAGUAAUGAAGGAGCCAAAUUUCAAAUGGCUUCAUCUUGAUUUUGUGACCUGCAGAUAGUUUGCAACCUGAUAAAAAUGUUCCAAAGUUUAGAUUUUUUCUGUCAAGGGGAAUGGAAUGGCAACUUUGUCUCAACAAGCAAAAUUGUGUUAAAGGACAGGAGGACAGAUACUAGAGAGCCAUAUCGCAUACACUCCAGCAGUCACUCCACCUUACUGAAACUAAAAGGGGAUGGCUACCAGGCUAGUUUGUUUUACAAAGCAGAGAUGUAACAAUGCUGAUUUUUUUUGUCUCAGAUAACAAAGAAUUAAUGCAAAAUUAUCUUGUUGCGCUUUGGAUGAAAGAAAAUCCUCAAUGAUGUUUUAUAACUUUAUUUUAUUUUGGAUAUAAAAAAAGGAAAAAUAUGAGAUGAGAUUAUAAGCAAAAAAAUAGUUACAUGUCUUGCUUGUUGAUACCAGGCCACACCAAUUUAAUUUCUAGCUUUUCUGACAUUUGUAUGAAAAUAAUGUGAGCAGGCCAAAAGAAAAUAACUAAAAACAUAUCAGGCUUAUGUUCAUUUCAAACUAUGAUUUUUUAAAAACUUUUAUUAUUUAAACUGUACCAGCUAGGAAGACAAGGACUGCUGCCUCAAAAUAAUGGUGUCAAAAUAUGACCAUUUUGGGGUUGAUUUGUAUCCCGAGUAGUACAUUGUUGUUUUUUUAAAGCUGCAAAUCCUAGAACCAGGAAAUUGAAUUGGUAUGGUCUGGCUAUAAUAUAGUGUGGAAAUAAUUCAUAUGUAUGUAGAACUGGGCCUGUACAAGUGUGGGCAGUAAGUGAUGUACAAUGUAUAUAGAUCAGACUCAGAGUGAAGAACAUGUAUUGCUGUAUUUGUCAGACACAGGUGCAUGGAUUAAGCAUCUACACCCUUGCACCUUUCAUUGCAGACAUUAUUGAAUGUACGUUGUACAUGUCACCUGGAGUUUCAACUGUACUGUGCAGCUAACAAUACUAUCAUCAUGGAUUUGCAGUGUGCCCCAAAUUAAACCUAUGUAAUGUAACCAAUUGUUAGCACUGUGUACUGCUGAACCUGUGUCUGACAAAGCAGUGAAAGCUGUGUGAAUACCUGUUAGAUGAUGAGUGUAACUGAACUGUACUUGAGACGUAAAUGUGAAGCUGAUGCAUUUUAUGCCUUGCUGACUCACAAACUUGUUUCAUGAUUCUUUCAACAGUCUAUUGUUUUGAUUUGCUAUCCUGAGGUUAGUAAUGUAUUUUGACAUUGCCUUUGUUUACCCAACCUGGUUUAGUUACCCUCUGGACCCUGGGAAAGGAGAGGCAGGGGGCUAAGGUGUGGAGAGAACACCUGAAUCAUCAGAAGGCAAUCAGGAUAUUAUGAUGUCUGGUUAAGAAUAUGUACCCUAGCCUGCUUGUUAGGUCUGUGGAUAGGUACUAGUACAUCCCACAUUGGAAAGACUUUGGCCAACUGACAGGAUAGGAACAUCAUUACUGGUAUCAUAGUUCUUUUAGUGAAGGUGAAACCUGACAAUCAACAUCCUUGUAUUUACAAUGUACCUACUGCCUAACCCCGCAAUAAAUAUAAAAUUGGUGUCAAAGGGCUACCACAACAGGGAGGUGGUUAAUACACCAACCCCUAGCACAAAAAGACUGCCCAAUAUACCCCAAUAUGUCAACUUUUCUUCCCUUGUGGGUUACCCCUCUGACAACAAUAUCUCUUACACACAAAUUUAAUUUGUUGGUUCUCUGAUGAACUGGAAGAGCAGCAUAAAAACAGAGACCAAGGACUAAGUCUGUUUUCCUUCCAGCUGUUUUUUAUCUUUGCCUCUCACAAAAUUUUAAUGUUAAAUCUCUGAGAACCAAGAUAAUAAAUUGGUGUGGCUGAACAUCUUUUUUUUAUAAGUUGUGCUUUCUGCACAUUAUCAUGUCAAAGCCUAUGAAUUCAAUGUAAGAAAUACCCUGGUACUAGUUUGUAGCCAUACAUUUUGAUGAUAACAAGAUAUGCUCAUAUUGUUCUGUGUUGGCUCAUUCUUUAUUGCAUAUUUUUAAAAUGUUUUCACACUGUUUAAGUGAUUUAGCUUGAUUUCGUCAGGCUAUCUAACAAUCACGUGAAAGCAUGUUUUGUAACAACUUCUUAGAAGGUAGCACACCACAGAAGUCCCAUUGUUGCCUCAAAUUUCCGAAUUCAUCUCAAAUCCUUAAACUUGGCACAUCACAACAGCCAGAUGUAAACAGAGGUAGACACAUGGAAUUUGUCAAUUAUUUCUCACAUCACUUCUCCAGACCUUUUAGGGCAAGAUUACUUUUAGUGAUAAACUCAAGGUAUUGGUUUAAACAAUACAAAAUGUUGCUACAAAAUUAAUUCUACAUCAUGUAACUAUUUUUUUACAGUGUCUCCUUUGCAUCACGUUCAUAGACAAUUACAACAGCAGUAAGAUAGUUAAGGAGUAGUCUUUAUUAAUGGCAUUAGCUUUGGUCAGGUCAUUCACAUCUGUGUACAUGAUAGUAAGCACAGUAUACCAUUUACAUGUACAUUUACAAGAUUAACUUGGUCCUCUUUUAGAUUUAUCAGAGCAAACAUGAGUUUCCUAUGCCAACACUAGUUAUCAGAUGUAACAUAACGUCACAGUGUUACAAAAGAAAUUGUCAUCUUUGUCUAGCUGAUAUCAGUUUGACCUUUCACCCAACCUGACCCCGCACAGACCCCUCCAGCUGGCUCAUCUGACUCAGCAGUUUGUGAAGCAGCCUUCAUCUACUGUGCAGAGCAGUGGUGAAACCCAACCAUACAU